AAUUCUAAAUGCAAAAUAGAAGAAUUCUUUCAUACCCAUGAUUAGUUGGUACUUAACUUUUUCCUCUCUUGAAAAAGAAGAAACAACUAAGUAAAACAUUAAGCAUAUAUAGAAGAGAAAGUGCCCCCACUUACAAAUACCAAAAACUUUUAUACAAAAAAAAUUUGUUGAAUGAAAGAGAGAGAAACAAGACAAAGCUAAGUUGCCUUUGAUAUACUUACUGGUGAAAUAGUCCUACUUGUCAGCACAUGCAAUCCACUUUCUAUAACAAAAUCCACUUCGGACCCCAAAUUUAUUACCUCACCCACAAGUAAAGCACAAUACACACACACCUCCCUUAAAUUUCACACACUUAGCUUCCUCUAUAACUCCUCUCCUCUUUCUCUCCUAUACUCCUUUUAGACCAAACCACCAUCUUUUUCAUCUUUCAUAUUCUAAUCUCAAUGUUCUAAACAAACAAAGUUUCAUUCAAAAACAAUUAGUGAUAUCAAAACAAAACCUAGCUUCCUACCAAACUAUCUUAUUAUAUACCAAAAACUCCUUUUGGUUCUUCAUCACCCUAAGUUUCGUCCUUCUAUCCUACUUCUUAGUCUUUCUCCAUAUAUUAUCAUUCUCUCAAUCCAAAAAUGAACACCAUCUUACAUGAUCCAAGAUAUAUACCAACUAGAUGAUUAUCCCUUCAAAUUUCACUAUUAAUUUCUAGCUUCUCUUCUCUUUUACUUUACUUACCUUAUAGAAGAUAAAGAUGAGAACAGGAAACUGUUCUUUGCAACAAGGCCUAACUACAGAGGCUGCAAACAUAGUAAAGCAAGCAAUAACCCUAGCAAAGCGUCGCGGCCAUGCUCAAGUAACACCACUUCAUGUAGCAAACACUAUGCUUAGUGUUACAAAUGGUUUAUUAAGAACAGCUUGUCUUCAAUCUCACUCUCACCCUCUUCAAUGUAAAGCUUUAGAGCUUUGCUUCAAUGUCGCACUCAAUCGUUUGCCUGCGACAACUUCUAACCCUAUGUUAGGUUCUCAUCAUUCUCAAUCACAGUCUCAGUAUCCUUCUAUCUCAAAUGCUUUGGUUGCCGCUUUUAAGCGCGCUCAAGCUCAUCAGCGCCGUGGAUCGAUUGAGAAUCAACAACAACCGCUUUUGACUGUGAAGAUCGAGCUUGAACAACUCAUUAUUUCAAUUUUGGAUGAUCCUAGUGUUAGUAGGGUUAUGAGAGAAGCUGGGUUUAAUAGUACUCAAGUUAAAACCAAUGUUGAACAAGCUGUUUCUUUGGAAAACACUUCUUCUCAUGUGAGUGGAAAAUCAAAGGAAAACAAUAAUCAAGACAAAGUUUCCAACAAAGCAUUGGUAUUGGAUCCAAUUAGGGUUGAGGAUAUCAAUUGUGUUGUUGAUAACUUGAAGAUGAAUCAAAGAAAAAGUAUUGUUGUUGUUGGAGAGUGUGUAACUAAUCUUGAAGGUGUAGUUAAAGGAGUGAUGGAAAAAUUUGAUAAAGGAGAUGUUGAUGAAUCACUUAAAGAUGUCAAGUUUAUUUCUCUUUCUCUUUGUGAUUUUGGUAAUGUUUCAAGGCUAGAGGUUGAAGAAAAAGUUGAAGAGCUUAAGGGACUUGCAAAAAAGAGUUUUCAUGGAAAAGGAUAUGUUUUGUAUCUUGGUGAUCUUAAAUGGUUGUUUGAUUAUAAGAAACAACAAGGGAUUAGUGGUUAUUAUUGUUCUAUUGAUCACUUGGUAAUGGAGAUAGGAAAAUUAGUUAAUGGUGUUGGAGAAUGUGGAAAGUUUUGGUUGAUGUGUGUUGCAACUUUUCAAGCUUACAUGAGAUGUAAAAAUGGACAACCAUCACUUGAGACUAUUUGGAAUCUUCAUCCUAUCACUAUUCCAACUGGAAGCUUGAGAUUGAGUCUCAUUACUCACAGUGGUUUAGAAAAUGAGUCAACAAACGAGAAUGCUGAGAAUAGAACAAGCUGGCUAUUACAUGAAGGAGUGGGAGAUGAUCAAAUAAUUCAAAAGCAACAACAACAAGUUGCUUAUUUUGCAGAAACUUCAACAAAAAUUGACAAAGAAGUUCGAAGCCUGCAGAGAAUGAAUUCUUGUAAAAGUGAUUCAUCAAGUUCAAGUCUUCCUGCAUGGCUGCAACAAUACAAAAAUGAGAAUAAAAGAAUCACCUACAAUGAUCAGAAUGUUCAAGUGGGAGAGCUUUGCAAAAGGUGGAGCUCUAUGUGUGGUUCAAUCCAAAAACAACCCUAUCAUUGUGAUGAUAAAAUCCUCACAUUAUCUUCAGCAUCACCUUCUUCAUCCACUUCAGGUUUUUCCUAUGAGCAACAACAACAUCCUAAUGUUUCACAAAGCGAUCGCGACCACCAUUUUUGGAUCUCUCAAAGUGGAAGCAAAUCGAACGAACCAUCUAACCCUAAUUCAAAUUCUUCUAGCGACCUUAUGCAAAUGGAGCAACUAAACAACUUCAAAGAACUCAAUUUAGAGAACAUGAAAACUCUAUGCAAUGCUUUGGAGAAAAAAGUUCCAUGGCAAAAAGAUAUAAUACCGGAAAUUGCAAGCACGGUUUUGCAAUGCCGGUCAGGUUUGGUAAAAAGAAAAGGAAAAGUGAGAAACAAUGAUGAUGAUGUUAAAGAAGAAACAUGGUUGUUUUUCCAAGGUGUUGAUUUGAAAGCUAAAGAAAAAAUAGCAAAAGAACUUGCUAGGGUUGUUUUUGGAUCCUACAAUAAUUUCAUUUCAAUAUCACUUAGUAGCUUUGCUUCAACAAGAGAUGAUUCAAGUGAGGAAAGUAGAAACAAAAGAUCAAGAGAUGAAGCAAGUUGUAGUUACAUUGAAAGAUUUGGUGAUGCAAUGUCAAAUAAUCCUCAUAGAGUGUUUUUAGUUGAAGAUAUAGAACAAGUAGAUUAUUUUUCACAACUUGGUUUCAAAAGGGCUAUUGAAAAAGGAAGAGUUUUGGAUUCAAUUGGUGAAGAGGUUGGGUUUUGUGAUGCUAUUAUUAUUCUAAGUUGUGAAACUUUUAGUUCAAGAUCAAGAGUUUGUUCUCCUAAAGAAAGAUCCACUCAAGAAGACAAAGAUGAUGAUGAUGUUAAUGUUGCUAAUUUGGAAGAGACAAAUUCUUAUGUUUCCUUGGAUUUGAAUGUUUCUAUUGAUGAUGAUUACAAUGAGGAUGAUCAGUUGGUGGAUGAAAUCGGGCUACUUGAAUCUGUAGACAGAAAGAUUCUCUUCAAAAUUCAAGAAUAAUUAUCAUGAAAUUUUCAUGAACUAUCAAUCUUCUUUUUGUCUCCUUUUCUAGCUAGGCAUCUCUUAAUUCUCUUUGUUAAUCCUAAUGUUUUUUUUUUAUAAGUAGCCUAGUACUAGUCACUAGAAUUUAAAACGUGAAGAAGUGAAGAAUUAUGAACUCCCGUAUCUUUCUAUUCUUAGACAUUAUUUUCUUUUCCUUUAAUUUUAUUAUGUAACUACAUGUAUAUUUUGGAAGGUAUAUCAAUAUCUUUGUCACAAGAAUUUAGAACUUUUUAAGAAAUCGUUUUUUUGUUAGCCUUUAGAGCUUUAUAUCAACUAUAUAACUACGUGUAUAUUAAUUAUGUAACUACAUGAAUAUUUUUAGCUUUAGUUUUAUUAUGUAAUUGAUGUAUUUAGUUUAUAUUAAAGAUAAAAUACAUCAGUUAUUUAAUAAAUUAAAAAAAAAAAUUGUUUAUAUACUUAAGGUGGAGGGGGUAGUUUUAAUUACUUUUAUACUCUUCAUAUUUACUAACAAUGUAUUUGGUUGUGAAUUUGAUAAAACUUUCUAAUAUUAUAUUUUCUUUUUAUAAGCAAUGUUAAUUGUUAGUAUUACAAUGUUAUGUUAGUUUUUUUCCUCCUUUGCCAGGAUUUUUCCUCCUUUCCUCCUGUUCCUUAACCCUUAGCUCAACUAGCUUAACCAGUUGAGCUACCCAUCCAACCCACUUUUUAAUACUAUAUGAUGUUUAGAGCAAAAUUAGUAGUAACCAAUAACUAAAGUUACCCAUAACAUUAAUGACACAAAAAUAAAAGAUAAAAGAGAAAAA